GAGCGCGUAUUACGAAUUAGUUCAAUAGCUGGCGUGAAGAGCUAAGCAUCUGUUUCUAGUUUUAACAAGUAUAGAAAUCUUUACUUUUUAUUUUCUACAAAAAUGCCACCACAUGAUCAUCAUGGACCACAUCAUCACUGCGGACCACCGCACCACCAUGGACCACCGCACCACCAUGGACCACCUCACCACCACGGACCACCGCACCACCAUGGACCACCGCACCACCAYGGACCACCUCACCACCACGGACCMCCGCACCACCAUGGACCACCGCACCACCAUGGACCACCUCACCACCACGGACCGCCGCACCACCAUGGACCACCUCACCACCACGGACCGCCGCAUCACGGUGGACCACCACCGCCACCUUGCUGCUGUCCGCGAGUCAUUUGCUGUAAUAUACUGUAGUUGACAUCGGAUUUAUUAGAUUGUCAAAGAAGUCUUGCGGUAUUUUCGCUAGUUGGCGCUGAGAGCGCGYAGUUCUAGUUUUAUUCGUCGCAUCGGGUCAUGCGACUACACGUUUCACACGCAAACACGUGUUUGAUUGAUUGUCGUUUCUUUUAAGUCGUUCGUGAGUUAUAGCGUCGCAAACAUUCAGCAAAAUAAA